AUGCCAGCGCUUUUGUUUUUAACGACAAGGCCUUCACCUUUGCCGCAUGUUUUAUAUCUCGCAUUGCUACCCUUGCAUAAAUGGAUUUCAAGAAUUGUUGUCUUCCAGUCGCUUCUGCAUACUAUACUUUAUACGGUUUAUUACGCCAGGAUUGGUGCACUUGCCAAGUUGAAGAAAUUGGCUAACAUUUGGGGCAUCUUGGCUAUGCUUCUUUUCAUUAUGAUUGCUGUAACUUCGUUACCUAGGAUUAGAAGAGUGAAUUUCCAAUUAUUCUAUUUUGUACAUUAUGCAGCUACUUGGCUCUCUGUUGUGAUGUUGCAAUACCAUGCUAGGCCUAAUAUGAAUAUGAUUUCCACUUUUAAUAUUAUCCUACUCCUAGGACAAAUCAUUUAUCGAUUAUGGAACACUAGGUUAUCAACUAUUUCAGUGAUUCCAGUGUCACCUGCCAUUAGUGUGGUUGAGUUCCCAUUAGCAGAUCUUUCUAAGAAACCCAUAUUGCCCUCCGGCCAUGUCCGUAUGAAUAACUAUCAUAAUUUUUGGUUGAAACGUUGGUUUUAUCACCUAAUACCACUCCAACACCCUUUCACAAUUGCAUCGUUACCGAACGAAUCGAUGGUCAGGUUAAUUGUAAGAACUGGGAAGUUCCCGUUGAAAACCAACUCAAAAUACUACAUCACUGGUGCGUUAGAACCCAAGGUGGAUUUCAUGUCGAAAAGUGGUUCAAGGGAUAAUAAUAGGCUACUUCCGUUCCAAAGUGCAACUCCAAUGUUGUUACUCUCGCCACUUUCUUUCAACAUUAAUGCAAAAAGAGUGUUUAUGGUUGUCGGGGGGAGUGCUAUCUCCUUUGGAUUGCCCAUGUUACGUAUCUUAAACUUUAACGGUGUUACUGUUAAACUUAUUUGGGUCACAAGAGAUCAUCGAGAUAUGAAGAUUUUAAACGUUUUUAAGAAUAAUUAUAAUGGCCUUGAGAUCUUCGUCACUGGUACAUUGGGAGCUGAACAGGAUUUGCAGAUCGAUUAUGUAGAUUAUGGACCGGAUCCAUUAGGCCUUCCACAUCCUGAACUGCAAGAACCAGUACCGCAGGCACUUCCUUCUUCUUCAGAUUAUAACCCAGAAACGACUUUGACAAGCUCCAGCUAUCCCAAAUACGGUUCCAUUUCUACAGAUAAGUCCGCAUUCUCAUCUGAUUUAGACCAUUCCCAGAAGCACAAUGAGGAUGAGUUUGAUUUUACCAACGUUUACAGUGCUACGAACACUUUGAAGAGAAAGAAAUCUGAGCCCAAGUUAUUUGGUCCACCUUCACCAUUCCAUAAAGAUGAGGCAUUCCGUAAACCAAAGGUUAUUAUCCCACCCAACGAUGAGAAUUAUAAAAGUGAUGUAGAAAGUCUAGAGGAUGAUGAUAUGAAACUGACAAUCCCAGCAGGAGUUAAAUUAGUGUUUGGAAGACCCCAACUUUCAAAUUUGGACUAUCAGUGGUGCUUACAGAAAGAAUGUUCCCUUCCAUCGGAAGUCGACGACUGUUGUGUUAUGAACUCGGAUGUUAACAUAACUCAUGUUGAUGACCUUGCUAAUGUGUGGGUUGUCGCUGCUGGUCCCAAGGGUUUAGUCGAAAGUACAAAGAGAUGGGCUACCGAUGGAGGUUUGCAUUUCCAUGAAGAAAGUUUCAGUGUUUGA